GGUAUUACAUUUGUCAUCUCUCGCCUUCCGUAUUUCUCCGACGACAUAUUGUUUGUGAGGAGCAAAUUCUGAAAAGCAAACCGAGAAAGAGGAUUACAAUUGAUUUAUCUCUAAGCACAAGAAGUAUCUGUCAUUUAAGACAAAAUGGAGCCGUCAGCCAGUCCAGCGAAGGAUAACCACAGGAUGAACAGCUACAAGAACAAAGCCCUGAAUGUGGAGGAGAUGAGGCGCAGGAGAGAGGAGGAAGGAAUCCAGCUUAGGAAGCAGAAACGAGAGCAACAGCUCUUCAAGAGGAGAAACGUUGACAUGUUGAACGAGGAGGGAGUCAUGUUUGAGAGUCCACUGGUCGACUCGUACGUCACCUCCACAGCCACAGAGGAAGGAGUCCUAACUAAAGACCUUGUGGAGAUGCUCUUCUCAGAGGACCCAGAGCUCCAACUCACCACAACACAGACGUUCAGGAAACUACUGUCCAAAGAACCCAAUCCACCUAUUGACGAGGUCAUCAACACCCCAGGCAUUGUAGAGAGGUUGGUAGAGUUCCUGAAGAGGAGCGUCAACUGCACAUUACAGUUUGAGGCGGCGUGGGCGCUGACCAACAUAGCGUCAGGUACGUCCAUGCAGACUAACAUAGUAAUCGAGGCGGGAGCAGUACCCAUCUUCAUAGAACUACUCAACUCUGACUUUGAAGAUGUUCAGGAACAGGCGGUGUGGGCUUUGGGUAACAUAGCAGGGGACAGUCCAGUGUGCAGAGACUACGUACUCAACUGUAAUAUCCUACCACCACUAUUAAUGCUUCUGACCAAAUCCACCAGACUGACCAUGACUAGGAAUGCAGUGUGGGCUCUGUCCAACCUGUGCAGGGGGAAGAGCCCCCCACCUGUAUUUGAGAAGGUGUCUCCCUGUCUGCAGGUCCUCUCUAGACUGUUGUUCAGCAGUGAUCCAGACCUGUUAGCGGACGCCUGCUGGGCCCUGUCCUACCUCUCCGAUGGACCCAACGAGAAGAUCCAGGCUGUCAUCGACUCCGGCGUCUGCAGGCGCCUCGUAGAACUGCUCAUGCACACAGACUACAAGGUGGCGUCUCCCGCUCUGAGAGCAGUGGGGAACAUCGUUACUGGUGACGACAUCCAGACACAGGUGGUGUUGAACUGUUCAGCCCUUCCCUGUCUGCUCCACCUCCUGAGUAGUGCUAAAGAGUCCAUCCGUAAAGAAGCCUGCUGGACCGUCUCCAACAUCACAGCUGGCAACAGGGCUCAGAUACAGACGGUGAUCGAUGCCAACAUCUUCCCUGUGCUGAUCGACAUCCUGCAGAAGGCAGAGUUUAGAACCAGGAAGGAAGCAGCCUGGGCCAUCACUAACGCCACCUCCGGAGGAAUGCCUGAACAGAUCAGGUACCUGGUGAACCUGGGCUGUAUCAAGCCUCUGUGUGACCUGUUGACAGUGAUGGACAGUAAGAUAGUGCAGGUGGCCCUGAACGGUCUGGAGAACAUUCUGAGACUGGGAGACCAAGAGGCCAAGCAGGAUGCAGGACCCAACGGUACCGGCAUCAAUCCCUACUGCUCUCUCAUAGAGGAGGCCUAUGGUCUGGACAAGAUAGAGUUCCUUCAGAGCCAUGAGAACCAAGAGAUCUACCAGAAGGCCUUUGACCUGAUAGAGCACUACUUUGGAGUGGAGGAUGAGGACCAGAGCCUGGCUCCUCAGGUGGACCAGGCCAACCAGCAGUUCCUCUUCCCCCAGCAGGAGGCACCCAUGGAGGGCUUUCAGCUAUAACGCCCUCCCUGCCCUCUGGUUCUCAUCUGGUUAAUCUUAACCAACCGUCACUCAGACCCAUGGAGGACCUUCAGAUAGAUAGAACAUCUACCCCCAUAUCCUCUACCCACGGAGGACCUUCAGAUAGAUAUAACAUCUACCCCCAUAUCCUCUACCCAUGGAGGACUUUCAGAUAGAACAUCUAACCCCAUAUCCUCUACCCAUGGAGGACCUUCAGAUAGAUAGAACAUCUACUCCCAUAUCCUCUACCCAUGGAGGACUUUCAGAUAGAACAUCUACCCCCAUAUCCUCUACCCAUGGAGGACCUUCAGAUAGAUAGAACAUCUACCCCCAUAUCCUCUACCCAUGGAGGACUUUCAGAUAGAACAUCUACCCCCAUAUCCUCUACCCAUGGAGGACCUUCAGAUAGAUAGAACAUCUACCCCCAUAUCCUCUACCCAUGGAGGACUUUCAGAUAGAACAUCUACCCCCAUAUCCUCUACCCAUGGAGGACUUUCAGGUAGAACAUCUACCCCCAUAUCCUCUACCCAUGGAGGACUUUCAGAUAGAACAUCUACCCCCAUAUCCUCUACCCAUGGAGGACUUUCAGAUAGAUAGAACAUCUACCCCCAUAUCCUCUACCCAUGGAGGACUUUCAGAUAGAACAUCUACCCCCAUAUCCUCUACCAAUGGAGGACUUUCAGGUAGAACAUCUACCCCCAUAUCCUCUACCCAUGGAGGACUUUCAGAUAGAACAUCUACCCCCAUAUCCUCUACCCAUGGAGGACUUUGGGGUAUAAUAGGUUCCCUCUACCCUCCAUGUCCAACCAUCACUCCAUCCUCAAUACCCAGCCUGAGGCCGAGGGCUAGUUUUAGCCCCCACAGAUGAAGGGUUUCCAGCUACACACUGUGCUCCCCCCUCUCUCCCUGUGACCUUCCAUGAUCAACAAUCAUCCAACCCAUAUCCCACCACUAUUCCCCAAACCCCAUGGAAGCCUUCCCAGCGAUAACCUUAUCCACCUCCUAUCCCCCAACCCCCAUGGAAGGUGUAACGUUGUCCUCCACCUCCUAUCCCCCAACCCCCAUGGAAGGUGUAACGUUGUCCUCUACCUCCUAUCCCCCAACCCCCAUGGAAGGUGUAACGUUGUCCUCCACCUCCUAUCCCCCAACCCCCAUGGAAGGUGUAACGUUGUCCUCCACCUCCUAUCCCCCAACCCCCAUGGAAGGUGGAACGUUGUCCUCUACCUCCUAUCCCAUGGAAGGCUUACAGCUGUAACUCUUUAUCCAACCUAUAUACCCAAUCUUUGAGCUGGCUUUACCUACGCUAACAGAUCAGACACUUCUAACGGAACGCCACGUCUCGGCUGAGGAGCCAAAAGGAGAGCUGAACUCAACCCACCUGACCUGAUGAUAAAAAUAAACCUCUUCCUGAUCAGUGAUCUCACACCAGGUCCAGGUUUGAAAAACACAAAUUCAAUGAGAGCUACACCACCAGUACUGUUGAUACUCUGAUUCUUCUGACCGUAGCGGUGGUUUGAUUUGGUUUGUUUUUUUGUGCUUCCUGUCUGCCCAUAGGGAUGUCCUCUUUCGGGAUGUGGGGGUUUAAUAGGUCAAACAUGACCAGUGGGAGGAGUGUUAUUUAAUUUUUACCCUUUUCUUUUACGACAAUUGUCUUCCUCGUCCUUAUUUAUCAGUUUCCCCUCGUUUUAGCUUUCGUCAGCCCUGCUUUUCCCUCUGGCCUGUUCUAAAACGUACCUGUAUCUCAGUGUACCACCUAAAGACUAAAGUGUCCCAAGACAGAAGAAUGGUCUCUUUACUGUUAACGAUAAAUCAAUCCGGCUGUAUUCUCAACUCAGAGGCCAAACCCUCAUUCACAUUGGUUUCUGUCUUUAUCGGACAUACAGGGUUCCACUAAGCAAUUCUGGGGAUUCUUAGGAAUUCUAGAACUAUGGUUUGGAGUGUAAAGCCAAGGUUCUCCCCUUCUAGAGUCCUUUCUCUACAAUGUAUUUAUCUUUUGUUUAACUUUUAGCUAUUUUUAAUUUUGUGCUUGUGGAGGAGCAUGUUGGGGUCUGAAUCGUAAAAUCAGGUAAACGUCUGGGCUAAGGGAGGGUGGCGAGGGGAAGGGAGUUUAGGUGUGGGCCUUGGUUGGGGGGGGGUAGAUAUUGAACCCUAUUGAAAUAUAUAAUGUUACCUAGGUUACUAGCUUGAUAUAGCUAGCGAUAUAAUGUUUGUUGUGUGCCGUGUUCUUAAUAACGAUACAUUUGAAUUAUGAAGUGAUUCUAACUAUUAAAAACAGCACACCGCUGGGGGGGCGGCAAGGGGCAGGGGCCUACGCUAGCUACAGCACGAGAAUAUGUCAUUAUCCAAACCAAGCUUAUUUUUAUAUAUAAAUACAGACAGACAAACACUGUCAGAUCUUGAUUUGGCUUUCAAGGGAUUGUUGCUCUUCAUACAGGGAUUAGGGAUGAAUCCUUACUUGAGAAAAACACGCGUGACUCAGUCAAACCUAAAUCAGAUGUCGACAUCAGAUUUAUGAAAAAAAAACAUUCAAGUUACUCACUUGAAUGUCCGGUUAGGAUUUGGUCUUUUUAGUUUUUCCUUUUGGAUUUCUCUGUUCCAUUGAAGCCCGGAAUGCGUCCCAAAUGGCACCCUAUUCCCUAUAUGGUGCAGUAUCUUUGACCAAAGCCCUACGGGCCCUGUUCAAAAGUUGUGUAAUGUGUAGGGGAUAGGGUGCCAUUUGGGACUUGGCCCCCGGUGUAAAUAGAUAUAUUGGUGCUGGCUGAGUUGUAGUAGGCCCUGGGAUGUGAUGUGGUGUUGCUGCCCCCCAAUGUGUCUGUGGUAGGGUUUGCAUGGUGUUUCUAUUGCCUUACCUACUGUCACAAAGUAUCCCUUUGCCAAACACCUGGUAGUACACCUGGUAAUACACCUGGUAAUAUGGUUGAAAGAGGGAUGGAUGAAGAGAAAGAGGAGGGGGGAGAGAGAGAGAGAGAGAGAGAGA